CAGUGAGGCGGUUGUUGUGUGUACUAGUUAGUAGGUUAGUGCGCUGUUCGACGUCGUUGCAACACGUCCCUCUCGGCUUUGACGGAAAGCGCCAUGUCACUUUGCAAAAUCGGUGCCCAACUCAAAACUUCUUUGAGGGAAAUUCUGAAGAGCCAGAAUGUAAUUUCGACUCGAGCUUAUUCCGCGGUCGCGCAGGCGCGGUCGGUGCUGGAGGGCGAGCUGGAGACGAUCCGCGCCGCUGGGACCUGGAAAGGGGAGAGAAUAAUUACCUCCAGCCAGGGACCGCAUAUCAAUGUGGACGGCACUCGUGGCGAUAUAUUGAACUUCUGUGCCAAUAACUACUUGGGGCUGUCCAGUCAUCCAGAGGUCAUUAAGUCCGGAAUUGAAGCGCUGCAGAAAUAUGGAGCUGGUCUGAGUUCCGUCAGGUUCAUUUGUGGGACACAGGAUAUUCAUAAGCAGUUGGAGCAGAAGCUAGCUCAGUUUCAUGAAAGAGAAGACUGCAUCCUGUAUGCAAGCUGUUUUGAUGCCAAUGCUGGUCUCUUUGAGGUUCUGCUGGGCCCGGAUGAUGCCGUGUUAUCUGAUGAACUGAACCAUGCCUCAAUCAUUGAUGGAAUUCGACUGUGUCGGGCACAAAGGUUCCGCUACAAGCACAUGAACCUGGAUGAUUUGGAGGAAAAGCUGAAAGAGUCCCAGUCCUGCCGCCUCAGGCUGGUGGUAACUGAUGGAGUGUUCUCUAUGGAUGGUGAUGUCGCUCCGCUGGUGGGUAUCUGUGAUCUUGCUGAGCAGUAUGGAGCGUUGGUCUUUAUCGACGAAUGCCAUGCAACAGGUUUCUUGGGUUCUCGUGGACGAGGUACUGAUGAGCUGUUGGGAGUGAUGGAUAAGGUGCACAUAGUGAAUUCCACUCUUGGAAAAGCUCUUGGAGGUGCAGCCGGUGGUUACACUGUUGGACCAAAACCUUUAAUUGACCUACUCAGGCAGCGCUCUCGUCCUUACCUCUUUUCCAACUCUCUACCCCCUCCGGUGGUGGGCUCUGCUACUCGUGCAGUGGAACUACUGCUGGCAUCUAAUGAAAUUGCACAGAGCAUGGCUGCCAAAACCAUGAGGUUUAGAAACAAGAUGACACAGGCUGGAUUCACCAUUGCAGGCACAGCUCAUCCAAUCUGCCCUGUGAUGCUGGGAGAUGCUCGUCUGGCUUCCAUUAUGGCUGAUGACAUGCUGAAACUGGGUGUAUAUGUGAUUGGAUUCUCCUAUCCCGUGGUUCCCAAAGGAAAAGCUCGUAUCCGGGUUCAGAUCUCGGCUGCACACACUGAGUCAGACAUCGAUCGUGCCGUAGACGCCUUCAUACAGACUGGCCGAAAGCAUGGAGUCAUAUCUUAAUGUUAUCUCAACCAUCAGUAGCUGAGCUAAAUACCUAUAACAACUUGACAAAAGAGCAGCUUAAUGGAACUAGACUGUUACAAUAAGACUUAACAUACUGUAGCCUGAUUCUGCUAAGAUGCAUGGGGUGAAAAUGAAUGAGAUUGCAGUAAUAAAUACUUCGCACAAAA